CAGAUUGUUUAAAAAAAAAUUAUAACUGAUUAUUUAGGCUAUAACCAAACGGUGUUUGUAUCAAAUAAAUUUUAAAGAAAUAGCUUUUCAAAAUAAGGUUUAUGCGGAUCGGGCAAAAACAAGCAUCGUAUUAUAUUUCGUUUAAUGCAUGAGUGAAAACUAGAAGUCGCUUUAGUAAACUAGUCAGUUUACAACAAAGUCGUAUAGCGGCUUUUCAAAUUUAAUAUAACUCAGCACAACACAAUCAAAGUGGUAAACAGUUUAUUUGGUAUUUACUUGAAAAUGGCAAAUUCCGAUGAAAGUUUACCAAAUAGAGCAUUCAUGGAUAUACCGGAUAUAAAGUGGCGGCACGGGUCUAAGCCCGACUACAGCACUGUAAAUGAGGUAUUCAUGAGGGGAAGAACAAAAGUUCAUAAUGAAGGAUCUUUGGAAAAAAUUGUAGAAGAUUUAGUUAAGACUUGGGAGAUGGAGAGCAGCCACAAAAUAAGAAAGCAGGAUUAGGGCUCCGUUGACACAAAACUCUUCUUCUUAAAUGCAAACGGGGGAGGGAAGUUUAACCUUGACGACAACAUAGAAAUUGGCAACUAUAAUAUGUUGAUGUAGGACAACAUUUUCUAUGACGCCAACAAGGAAACAAACGACUCAUCACAUGAAUUGUUUAGGAAUGUAUUUAAGAGUGGAUUCCCAUGGGAAGUGCUUGAAGUGUAUUCAGGUCCACCGACUGUCACGUUUACUUGGCGUCACUGGGGAAAGUUUGAAGGAGAUUACAAGAGCAUUAAAGCUACAGGGGAGACACUGGAAAUGUUUGGAAGUUGUGUCGUGAAUGUCAAUGAAAAGUUGAAAAUUCUGUCAAUAGAAGUGUAUUAUGAUCCCAACAUAAUGUUGAAGAAGCUAACAGCUACGGGCGAUAUUACCAAGUGUCAUUUUCAUCACGAACAGAUUUAAUGAUGAUAUUAAUAAAACAAUUGUUUAAUAUAUCCGGAAAGACUUUACCAGUAUAUAUUUUCACCAGUCAAUGUGAUGUAGUUAUAACUGUUCUCUGUAUAUGAUGUAUCCAUUGAAAUACCUUUUCAAAAUGUAGUUUUAGGUAAUUAUGCGUUUUUUUUGGAACAUUUUACCUAUAUUAUAGACUUUGUUAAACCCUUAUUCUUUUUUUAAAAUUCAGGAUAACUAAAUAUUCGGCAAUUAAAACAGAAAGAACCGUAAGCUCGGUGUUUCAUUAGUCUAAUUUGAAAAAGUUUGGCAUCAAGUAAGGAUUUAUACUAGGAGUCUAUGGAAAAUCAUAUGUUUCUUUUACAUUUUUGCGAUUAGAAAAUGUUCUGUAUUCCAGAUUUCGAUGAACUGUGUCACAAUUAUAAACCAAAUAUACUGUCAAAUAUAUUAUAUAAUUUUAUGGGUUUUUUUUUUUUUUUUUUUUUUUUUUGUUUAUUUUGGAGAUAUUUGUUUAUAAUUAAAGCGAUCAGAAAUAUGCAUGCUUAAUUUAAAGCAUUAUUUGGAAUUUCAACACAUGUCAACAUCUCUAUAAUAAUUUAUUAUAUUUUAUCCUUUGAAAGUUAGAAAAGUUGCCAUUUUUUUUAUAAAAAAAACACUUGAGUUGUCAUUGAUCCGUAGGAUGAUUUUUGUUUUCCGUAUGCCUAGUUAAAGCUUUAUUCUUCGUUUUCGGGAUAAGAAAGUAACGCAAUUAUUGAAGAUUU